CAGAAACCAGUGAUGUCAGCAGAUCUUAAACAACGCUUCCAGGUUUCAAAAAGCGGUACAGAAGCAAACAGCGACCUCGGUCGUCCCAUGCUGUUCUCAGACGACGAAGUGAUUCCACUCUCAAAUCUAAUGUCGUCAAGUGAACGACCUGGCGAGAGGAAGAUAAGCGCUACCGGUCGCUUUCAAGUCACAAGAGCAUCAUCUGCGCCAGCUAAAUCCUCAUUGAGUGGGACCGGUCGCAGUCCAUCAAGGUCAAAAACCCCCUCUUUUCAAAGUGCAGACGAUGAUAAUGGAACUUGUAUUUAUAACAAAUCGGUACAUUUCUCGGUUGGCAAUGAAGUCAGUUCAGGAAACACUACUGUCAACAUGCGAAGUUGGAGGCAUAUUCAAACUUUAGAGCAUCCACCGAUGAUUGAUUUCUAUCGGGACUCAAUUGAUGCUCUUGGGAUGAAUUCUAGACCGUCAAUGAAUCAGCUGAUUCACGGUGAAAAAGCGCGAGAUUCUGUCAAUGAAGCAAACGAAUUACUUGAUAGUCUUUCUGGUGGACAGUUGCAAAAAUUCAAGCCUCCGACCCCUGUGCCGAGAACAAAGUUUGGCUGGGUUCAGGGAGUUUUUGUUAGAUGCUUACUAAACAUAUUUGGUGUGAUGCUCUACCUCCGAGUCAGUUGGGUAGCUGGUGAAGCGGGAAUACUUUUGGGUGCACUAGUCGUCAUUCUUGCAUCAACAGUAACUACACUUACUGCUAUUUCAACGUGUGCUAUUUGCACCAAUGGUGACGUUAAAGGAGGCGGUGCAUACUUUUUGAUUAGUAGGUCCUUAGGACCUGAAUUUGGGGGAUCCAUAGGCAUGCUGUUUGCUUUCGCUAACGCUGUUGGGGCAGCAAUGUACGUCGUAGGAUUUGCUGAAACAGUUCGGGAUUUGAUGAAAGAAUAUAAUGUUGCGAUUAUUGAUGGAGAGAUGAACGAUGUGCGGAUUAUUGGUCUUGUUACAUGCACACUUUUAAUGGCGAUUGUCUUUGUGGGUACUUCGUUCGAGAGUAAAAUGCAGAUAGGACUUCUUGUAAUUCUCACACUUUCAAUACUUAAUUAUUUUAUCGGAACCCUAAUUCCUAUCUCAUCUGAACAAAGUCAACGUGGAAUUACAGGCUAUAGCGUUGUGACAAUGAUUAGUAACUUGAUGCCUGCCUUCACCACAGGUGAAUCAUUUUUUUCUGUUUUUGCUGUUUAUUUUCCGGCGGCAACAGGAAUUAUGGCUGGUGCUAACAUCAGUGGAGAUCUAAGUGACCCACAGAAAGCCAUUCCACUGGGUACCCUUCUAGCAAUAGCAGUAACAACGGUUAUCUACUUAGCGGUCGUAUUUAUGACUGGAGCAACAUGCGUCCGCUAUGCAGACGGUGUUACACCAUAUUUGGUUAAUGGGAGUAUUGUUCAGCCGGAUUGUGCCGCCGAUAACACUUGUAAAUAUGGUCUCAUAAGUUAUUUCCAGGUUAUGGAAACGGAAAGCUUAUGGGGACCAUUAAUUACUGCUGGAAUUUUUGCCGCUACAUUGAGUUCAGCUUUAGCCAGCUUGGUUAGCGCUCCAAAAGUUUUCCAGGCUGUUUGUAAAGAUCGUCUGUUCCCAAAAAUAGAUGCCUUUGCUAAAGGCUAUGGUCGUAAUGAAGAACCAAGGCGUGCUUACGCUCUUGCAUUUAUUAUUGCUAUGGUUAUGAUUCUAAUAGGUAGGCUCAAUGAUAUUGCUCCUAUAAUAUCAAAUUUUUUUCUCGCUUCGUACGCACUUAUUAAUUAUGCUUGUUUCGAUGCGUCGUUUGCGAAUUCCCCAGGGUUUCGACCAAGGUUCCGCCAUUACAAUAAAUGGCUGUCUUUGACCGGAGCUGUUUUAUGCAUCAGUGUCAUGUUUAUUAUAUCAUGGACUACAGCUCUUUUAACGUUCUUCAUUUUUGCUGUGAUAUUUCUUUAUAUAUUACAUAGAAAACCAGAUGUCAACUGGGGGUCAUCAACUCAAGCUCACAGUUACAAGAGCGCUUUGCAAGCAAUGCUAAAACUUUCGAACACUGAAGAACACGUAAAGAACUAUCGACCUCAAAUUCUUGUUCUUACCGGUAAUCCUGUUGAUCGUCCAUCACUAGUCGACUUUGUGUACAGUAUUUCGAAAGGAUCUAGUCUCAUGAUUUGUGGAUACGUUGUGCCGUACGAGCCAUCUGAUCGAAUAUUUUCUGUAAUCAAGAAACUGGAUCGACAGUUAAUCGAAUGGUUGAAAAAACGGCACAUAAAAUCUUUUUAUGUUUCCGUUGCCAAUCCAAGUUUACGAGUUGGAGCUCAAAAUCUUAUUCAGAUUAGUGGUUUGGGUAAACUUCGGCCUAACAUACUGAUUCUUGGUUUCAAAGCUAACUGGGCUGCACAGGGGGCGGAAGAGUUGGAUGGAAUCAACAAUUAUUUUGGUAUUAUUCAAGAUGCAUUUGAAAGUAAUAUGGGCGUGGGUGUACUUCGGAACGCUAGUUUUGGUCUUGAUUACAGCGAGUUAGUAAAACGGCAUAACGUUGGAGAAGCCACGCAUCUCAAUCUUCCUAACGUCGAACAGCAUUUGAAAUCCGACGAAGCGUUUGUUAAUUUCUUUAUGUCUUUGCAUUUGGUAUAUGUUUGCUGCGUAUUUACUGCACAAAUACGGUACUGUUUUUUAAGGUCAAGAAGGCAGACAGUGGAACAGCGGCAGUUGAUUGAGUCCAUCGCCAGUUUCCAAAGGAAGAUUAAACAAGGGACUAUAGAUGUUUGGUGGUUAUACGAUGACGGUGGUUUGACUUUAUUGGUUCCGCACUUGCUGACAAACGAAAAAAGCUAUCUAGAAAACGCUCGUUUACGAGUAUUCACGAUUGCUACAUCACAUAAGUCGAUGGAACAGGAACAGAGGAGCAUGGCUGCCUUGCUGAGCAAAUUUCGCAUCGAUUUUUCAGACGUUUCUGUAAUUCCCGAUAUCGGCAAAAAACCUUCUGCUCAAACCAAAAAAGAAUUUGAUGAUCUUAUUGCACCCUUCCGAAUUUCUAACGAUGUUGAGGAGAAGCCCCCUGGUUUAAUAACAGAUUCGGAACUUAUUUCGCAAAAAGAGAAAACUAAUCGGCAGCUCCGAACUGCGGAGCUACUGCGCCAACAUUCUCGAGAGUCCAAUUUUGUAAUCUUUUUUGUUCAAAUAAAUUUUUCCAGAACAUUACCGGUGCCACGGAAGGGUCUUGUGAGUAGCUGUCUUUACAUGGCAUGGCUUGACAUGAUGACCCGUAACUUACCACCAACGUUAUUAAUCAGGGGAAACCAGACCUCAGUUUUGACGUUCUAUUCGUAG